AGGAAUAACGAAAUCGCGGAAGAAAUUCCUAAGGGCGUCUAGCCUGGCAAGUUGCUCCAUUCCAGGGAGGGAAACGGGAGAGAAGGGAAGGCAGAAAGUAGCUCUAAAAGUAUUUUAAAUUGCAUCGUUUUUCCCGAUCGUUGUCGGUCAUAUUUAUAGGAGAGAGAGAGAUGGAAUCCGCCAUUAAGACGUUGGUGAGCGUCUACCUAAAAUCAGCCAAGGGCAAAGACAGCCUGGGAGAGAAGGACUUCCAGAACCUUGUGAAGAAUAAGCUGAGCAACAUCAUGACGGACACGGACAGCAAGGACGCCAUUAAGGAGAUGCGCCAAGGGCUGGAUAGCGAUGCAGACGGCAAGGUCGGUUUCCAGGAAUACCUGACCCUGGUGGGCUACCUUGCUAGCAAUCUGAGCGACCAACGCACCACCACCAAGGAGACACCAGCAGCAGAAGGAGAGCAAGAAGAAGCAUCAUAGAUUCCCUCAACUGGCUUUAUCCAUGCACAGCAUAACACUCUGUUAGCACACUCCAUGUGACUGCACCCUCACACCAUACACACCCACCAUGUGACCGCACCCUCACACCAUGUGACCGCACCCUCACACCAUGUACACCAUGUGACUGCACCUUCACACCAUUCACACCAGCAUACACCAUGUGACAUCGCCAGGUCAUAAGCACACGCCACUACUGUCCCCAAUUACGAUCAUACGAGUGCACUCAUAUAACACUACAGUAUAUGCCAUCAUAUAUUCACUAUGACACUACAAUUAGCAAUCCUUUCUAACCAUAACACAAACCAUUUAGCAAACAUACACUACAGCAUUGUGCAUAACAUUAAUAUAUGCUUAAUCCAUCUCUUUGCUAUGACUUAAACUUGCAUGCUUGUAUGUUCUUAACUCACUUUUUUUUUUUUUUUUAAACUAUUCUGUAAUUUUUACAGUAAUGCCCUUAUUCUAUUAUGAACAUUAUACUGAGACACGACCCAGCUCUCCUUACCACACAAUGUUACCCAACUCCUGGAAGGAUGAACAUUUAACACCUGUACAGGUACAUUAACAUGCUGACAGCUGUAGUUUUUGAUAAUUGUAUGGCUACAUCGUCAGGUGACAGCACUGGUAUUUAAUAGCUGUACGGAUGCUGCAGCAUGCUGACAGCACUAGUAUUUAAUACUUGCAUGGAUACUGCAGCAUGCUGACAGCACUAGUAUUUAAUACUUGUAUGGAUACUGCAGCAUCCUGGCAGCACUAGUAUUUAAUACCCGUGUGGCUGCAUCCACAUGCUGACAGCAUUAGUGUUCGGUACCUGUGCACACAUUUACACGACAGUCUACUCUUUGCACACUUUUUAAAUGCCUUUCAAUUAGCAACAGAUAAAGACUUGGAAUAUCAGGUGUAUGACAUCCCAUCCAUGUAAGGAACGGGGGUAAAUUAUUUAAAGGCGAGAUGGAAUGAACACCAGAAAGCUAGUGCCCUGGACACCUGGAGGCCUGGCGUGGGUGGUGGGGGUGUGUGUGACCAGGACAGCCCCACUGCACUGGCUGGUGUGCCCACCUUACGCCUCGAUGCCCCUGCUGGCACUUCAUCACAAUACUGUGUAUGUAGAGGUAGCGUUAGGCAGUGUAAAUCCCGGAAACACGGUGGGCUUCUCCCAUGUAUGUGAAAGGCACCACACACAGACUGCUUCCUGUGAAAAUGGAUACAUGUAAAAUAAUGACGUUUUAAGUUGUGUUGCUGUAAAGCAUCUGCCAGGGAAAUAAACAAUUGAAAUAACUUUAUCCUUCUUUAUUUUCCUGUUUAAGUGUACUAAUGAUGCUGCUCAUUAAACAGAAUUAUAAUUUCACUUCGAUUAGUGGGACGGGCUAAUUCAGCACCUGCCUAUAUUCCUGCUGCGUACCCAAUAGAGGGCUGCAUGGCAAAUUAAAUAUGCAAUUGCUAUAUGUACAUGUGAGGCUUUCUAACAAAAAAGACUCUCAGCAUUGGCAGAUAUUUGUGUCAUAUUACUUUGAAUCUGAAGCAAUGAUAGCUGAAAUUUUGGGUUGGCACAUGUCACACGUCCUGGGAUAGGCGACAGCAUUUGGGCCCUGAUUCCACAGCUGUACUUUGCAUUUACUCCCUGUUUCUGUGGGUGUCCUCCAGCUACUUCGGUGUUUUCCCUAAGACCAAAUAAAUGUGUUAAGGCAAA